AUGGCAGGAAUCACACCAGCGUUCAUUACUGCAUUUCUCGCUGUUGGCUCAGCCAUGGCCCUUGGGGCAGCGUUAGCCAACCAAGGAAAUACCUCUGUUGUACCCGAAUGUGUCCAAGCAUGUUCCCAUUUGGCGCAUAUCUUCGGUCCCGAUGCGUACUCCCUCGGCAAUGCCAACGUUACUCUUUGGGAUGCAAAGCAGCAGGGAACACAUUCCGCCUGUUGGGUCCAGCCCUCUUCGACUGAAGAUGUGUCGACCAUUCUGAGUGUCAUCAUUGACACCUCAUGUCGAUUCGCGGUUAAAGGUGGCGGCCAUGCACGAGACCCCGAUGAUUCUGUUUCGGCUGGUGGCGUCACCAUUGACAUGCAAAAGAUGAGAACUGUCGAGGUUGCCCCGGAUCAGAAGACAGCCAAGGUAGGGAGUGGCCAUGUUCUGCUAAGUUUGUAUGAGGGAUUGGAAAAGUACAAUCUGACCACGCUUGGCGGACGAGUCGCCGAUGUUGGUUUGGGAGGCUAUGUCCUGGGUGGAGGAUUCUCGCACCUCUCGCCCAAGUACGGUCUCGCCAUGGAUAAUGUUUUCGAGUAUGAGCUCGUUCUACCCAAUGCCACUGUUGCGAUCGUCAACCAAGAGACACAUCCGGAUCUUUACUUUGCUCUCCGGGGAGGUAUGAACAAUUUUGGUAUUAUCACGCACUUUACUAUGAGGGCUGUUAAGCAGGGUCAUUUGCUUGGAGGGGUCAGAGCCUAUACGGCCGAUAAGAGGGACGCGAUCCUGGAGCAAGCCUACGAACUAACGACGAGUUGGAAAAAUGAUACCAAUAUGGCGUUCUUCUAUAGCUAUGGUUAUGACCAAGAGAGAGAUGACUUUACCCUUACGGUUUCGCAGGAGUAUUAUUUGCCGGUCCUAAGCCCCGCGCCAUUCAAGCAACUCAAUCGAAUCCCGUUCGAGCACAGUACUGUUCGCCUUGAUCGCACCAGCCGGUUUAGUAUCGAGAGCGCGUCAGCAACACCGCCUGGUGGUCGAAACCUAUUUGCCACUGUUACUUACUCCCCAUCCGCGGACCUUGACAGGCAAAUUCAGGAUAUAAUGGCUCAAGAGAUACAGUCUCUCGAGAAGGCACCCGGGUUUUACCCCAAUCUCGUUAUUCAACCGUUGUAUGAGGCCGCCAUUCGUUCUGGGAAAGAGCGAGGAGGAAACGCUGCCGUUGCCCUCUUGACUGUCUUAUGGAAGAAUGCAGAGGAUGACGAGCGGAUGAAUGCUUUCGCACAAGAAUGGGUGGAGAGGUCCACUGCUACCACCAAAGAUGCCGGCAAACACCAUCCUUGGCUCUAUGUCAACUACGCCAGCAAAGCCCAGGACCCGUUUUUGAGCUAUGGAGAGGCAAACCUACAGAAGCUGAGAAGGAUUCAGAAGGAGGUUGACCCCCAGGGCGUGUUUACGUCGGAUGGGCUGUGUCGGGGAUAUUUCAAGUUACAAUAA